ACGGACUUCUGCGGAUUGUCCAGAAAUUGAAUGCCGAGCCAGACGAUAUCGUCAAGGUUGAGUUAUUGUUGUCCGAUCCGAACGGGCUCGACCAAUUCAUCAGCAAAAAAAGAGAUCUUCGUCCAGCGCCGAUCUCCAGGACCCCCAUUUCGAUAGUUCGAAAGUGUCCACUCUGGGUGAUAUACCGACUGCAUGGAUGUGGGCUUGGGUAUCACAGGUAGCUAAGCCGCCGCCGUCGAAAAAGAUCAUCGAGAAAUAUUCGAACAGAGUUCAGGACGUUCGCCAUAUCCGCUUGUUUGCCAGUGGGCUCCCUGACAACUUCCCGAUCAAGGGCGAUUACCUGGUGAAAACAAAUUUGGCUGCCCUCCUCACUGAUUGUCACGAGUUUCGAGGGAACUUGCUCCAUAAUUUCUUCGGGGAUGCGACGGGCGAGUUCGACAAGAUUGACUACCAGCGUGGCACGGGCGUGCUCAAAUUCGAAGUCAUCCCCGACACAGA